GUGAUCUUCAUGAGGACGCCCUGGGUUCAAGUCUUAUCCUAUUGAAACAUAACGCCGUGUGGUGCGGAGGUAACACACUCAGUAACAUAGGCCUCUUUUCAAGUCAUUAAACUCAACUAUGGAUUGCAUUCAGAAAAGUGUGCCAACUUCCAAACCAAGCAAAGAAGAAGCCAUGUCUAAGGAGGAGCUCGAGAGGCAGAAAGAAAAGGAAAUACGAAAUCUCAUUCUGGAGGUAUCUUUCUAUCUAAUCUUUCUGGCUCUCUUUCUGGCCAUGGUCUUCAAUUCCAGAGAUGACCGAGCCUUUUUGUAUUGUGACAGCGUGUCCUUAUUACUGAACAAAGAGCAUGACGUCGACAAGGUCAACGAAGGCCAUCACUUGUGGAACUGGAUUGAGAACGCGUUCUUUCCUUUCAUGUACGCCACAAAAGACUGGAAUGGACGUGACCUGAAUGGCAGCAGCAAAACUGUCAUCACCCUGACUUCCUAUCGCGUUGGACCAAUCAGAAUACGUCAACACAGACUUGGCAAUGACUAUUGCAGUGCCAACUCAGAGUUCCGAAAUUUUCAUCUCCGCUGCUCUCCCAGUUGGUCGCAAGAUUCUAGAAGUUGGCAGCACUUUAACCCUCGUUGGACAGAAUACAAGGGGAAGAAGCCAGGCAGAUUGCAUCAUGGGAAGAGAUUCGCUUCAAUGGACUAUUCAGAAACAACUCAAGCGUCAUUUAGCAAAGUGACAACGUCUGAUAGGAAAAGUUUAUUGACUGAUGUCCAAGAGAUCCUUAAUGGAAAUGUCUUGAAGAGAAAAAGCCCACCAGAUCUAUAUAAUGCAGUCAAGAACAUUGCAAUUGGAGAGACCAGAUCGACAUCCAACAAACGGAAAAAAAACAAGUCCAAUCGUAGAAGAAUUGGAUCAAAAUCAUCCAUUACGUUGGCAACAUUGUCUAGAGGAAACACAUUGUCUAGAGGAAACACAUUGUCUAGAGGAAACACAUUGUCUACUUCAUUUCAAAACUCACGUAGAGAUGUUCGAAACAGUACUAUUGGUGUCAAUGACCUUAAGACAGUUAAAGAAAUUGGCACUCGGGAAGUUAAAGCAACUGCCACUCGGGAAGUUAAAGCAACUGCCACUCGGGAAGUUAAAGCAAUGGGCACUCGGGAAGUUAAAGCAAUGGGCACUCGGGAAGUUAAAGCAAUGGGCACUCGGGAAGUUAAUGCAACUGGCACUCGUGAUGUUAAUGCAACUGCUGUUGAUACCACUCAUCUUCCAGCUGUUGAUACCACUCACCUUCCAGCUGUUGAUACAACUCACCUUACAGCUGUUGAUACCACUCACCUUCCAGCUGUUAUUACCACUGAUUUUACAGCUGUUUAUGCUACUGAUCUUACAUCAUCACUCACAGCAGAAUAUUCUCAUGAAACUUCCAGCAAUAUUGUACAACGAAAUAGAUCUAGCACUUCUAUAAAUGAACAGUCAUCAUUGGACGCGGCCUGGCUGUAUCGCACCUGGUCAGACAUUGGGGGAUUGCAUAUCCCUGGUCUGCUUGGUGUGUACCCUCCAGGUGGCUACGUUCUCGAUAUUCCUGGCUCCCUUCAAGAGGCUUUGGCCAGCGCCCAGUAUCUUCAGAACAACUCCUGGAUCGAUGAGAAAACGCGUGUGGUCAUUAUCGAGGCCACCGUGUACACCCCUAACAUCAAUAUGUUUGUGAUGGUCACGGCUCUGUUUGAGUUCCCGCAGGCUGGGGUCAUCAUAGGUCACAUUGACAUGUACCCUUUCAGGUUAUUCAACUACAGAGACACAUACCCUAUCUCAAUGAUCGUCUGUGAUUGGCUGGUUUACAUAGCUCUGGUUUUUUUUGGAGCUAGAGAGUUAUUCUUCCUGUACAGAGAGAGGCUGAGAUUUUUUACCAAGUUCUGGAACAUUAUCGAGUGUAUCAACUUGCUCAUAUCGGCUGCAACUAUUGCCUUGUCUGUUGGUCAUGCCAUCAUCUCAGACCACGUGUCUAAAGAAGCCAAUAAGGAUCAAGGUCACUUCUACAACUUCCAGACUGUAGCCAUGUGGGACCAGUUGUUCGUCAUUAUGGCUGCCUUCGCUUGUUUCCUUUCGACUCUCCAAGUUCUGCAUCUACUACGUUUCAACAGACGGAUGUCAAUUUUAGGAGCCACCAUGAAACUCUCGGCCACUGAUUUGUCUCCUUUCUCUGUUGUAUUUGGUUUGGUCAUCUUAGCGUUUGCUUCAUUCAGUUACCUCACGUUUGGACCCUGGCUGCACGAUUACAGAUCAUUUAUUGACACAAUGGAGAGUUUACUUUUGGUGUCACUUGGAAAAUUGAAAUAUGAGGUUCUGUAUGAAGUCAGUUCAGUCCUGGCUCCAACCUUUAUCUUGCUCUACACCAUCUGCAUCGUGUUCCUGCUGACCAACUUCCUCAUCACCAUCAUCAUGGACUCUUUCGCUGAAGUUCGAGAGGAUGUGCACCAACAGCCCAACGACUACGAGCUGAUUGACUAUAUAGUCCACAAACUUACCAGUUUCCUUUGGCAGUUUAACCCUUUUCGGCUGUUCUGGUCUGUGGCGCUUGCUCUCAAAUUAGUGUCAAAAACAGAGCCAAAAAGUCAAGGUGGUAAGUCAAAUACAAAAAAAUCAGAUUCAGACCUGACUGUGUGCACCCUAAGGAGCGGGGGCAAUAAAAAAAUGUUGACCAAAGUGCAGAUGAACUUUCUGAGAACGGAGAUAGGCGUGGAUAGAUUGGAGGAUGGUCUGGACGGGCUGCAGGAGAAAGAGGAUGCUAUUUAUAUGCUGGUGUUGCAGUACUUGUAUUGGAAGAUUAAACCAAAGAGAAAUGACUGGAAGAGAGCCUUGGUCCAGCUGCGUGUUCCUGCUUUGAUCGCCUUAUACCCUGGAGAGGAGCAGGAGAAUGCUAGCUACUCAAUUGACCGCGAUAGUGACUUUAAUGCCUCUGCAGUUUCUUCUGGGCGUUGGAGUGUGAGCACUUCUGAAGAACAGUCCAGAAGACCACAUAGAUACACAAAGCAUAAGCCUAGACUAGCAUCCUUAUCUUUAGUUCGAGGCAGGUUCAGAUCCCAUCAGCAAGAUGUCCGUAAAGAGGUUGACUCCCCGAAGAGCAUUAACGAGCCGAGGCAGGAAGACGUAAACUCAUCAGGCUACAUAUCCUCUGUAUUUGAUUUUUCUUCUCCGGAGCAUCAAGUGAUAUACAGCCCAGUACCACUUGUGAAUAAAUCCGUUGUAUCUGAUACGGGCGAUUCAUCUUUUCAAACAGCAAGUGACGUCUCUUUACUAUCCCCCAGACAGUCUGCGCCAAUCUUUGAGCCUAAAAAGUUGUCCACGCCAAUCUCACCAGCAAGCGUAGUGCCAAAUUUAAACCAAUCACUACCAUCUGAGUUCGGCACUGCAUCCUUCCUUGCCGGAAGUGACGUAUCUCUGCUUUCCCCGCCGAGUCUUGUUCCCAGCAGACAGAAGGAUGUGAAACACAAGAGACGAACAUUCGUCAAAGGUACGCGUCUAUUUGAUGACUCUAUUGAAAUGAGCAUGUAUCCCUCGGAGACCGAGAAGCAACGUCCUUUCAAACGACUGGGACAGAAUCAACAAACUGUUUAACGAAUUGCCGAUAGCGUUUAUGCGAUACUGAAUUCUAUUAGGAAUGAACAUUUACCAGAUCUGUACAAAUCAAAUGCAUAUGGACUUUCAAAUACUAUAGUAUCUAUAUUUGUUCGUACCGCCAUGAAAUGAAAACAGAUGUCUUAGUUAAGACUUAGUAUAUUGUUGUAUAUUGGGUUUAUGCCUCUUUGCAUAUUUCCUUUACAUGAUAAUGAAUAAAAAAAUGUUACGAAAAUGUCGCAUUGGUUGAUCUAAUUGUUGAAAAAUGACGUCAUAAAGCUCAUGUGACAUGCUGUGCAAGGGAUUAGAAAGUACGUGCGUAGUAGCGUCUUGUAUAUAAGUGGUAGCUUAUGGGUCAAAGUCACAGACCUAUCUAUAUUAUAUCUAGAAUGAAAAAUGGAAACAAAUUAUUAUCCUCGAUUGAUCAGCUCACAAACCUAUACAAAUCACAAAACUAUAUAUUCAAGCAAAUUCAUGAAAUAAAGCCUUUUCCUGUUAAUUUCCAUUAACUUUGUAUUUACAAAAUCCUUGAUAUUUCGACAUUUAAAUAGAUUGAUUACCUAGAGUAGUUUAUUUAUUCUGGACAUUACAUGAAUUCGUACAACCUUGCUGUUUUUGUGGUCAUUACAUCUUUAUUUAGAUAUUUAAUGAAACUAGCACCCUGUAUAAUGUUUGUCCAUUUUCCAAUGAUUCUGACCCAAUUUCCUUCCAUUUAGCUGUCUUUUAUGUAAGAAAAACGAAUUUCAAAUUUGUUAGUCAGUUGGUUGUUUUGUCCUAUGUUACCCGGAUGACUUUACCUCUUCCUAGAGUUAAGACUAUAUUUUUUGAUUGGCUUAGUCUAUACUAAUGAGUCCGGCAAUAUUUAUUCUGUUUUUGGAGCUGAUUUAUUUGAUUCAUAAGCCAAGUUGUUUGAUUCCAUACAAACAAAAUUAAUAGAUUAAUGUGGUGUUUGUAUUAAAUAACGAUUUUCUAACCAAUAUGUAUUCCAAACAAAAAGUUGUAGACAUCAAUAUUAAUGAUCUAAUAUAUGUUUGUUGAUUUUUGAAAUAGAGAAUACAUGGGCAAAUGUUUGGAGUGAGCUUGAUACAUUGAAUGAAGUUAAAUACCUAGAUCUAGACCUACUAUAUAUAUCUAGAUUUACAUAGAGAAAAUAUAGAGGAUUCAGCUAUUUAGCUAAGAAAUGCUAUCCUAGCCUGUACUAUACUACAAGAGAUCAUCUGUAUUAGAAAUUGAUCAAAUGAAAAAACGCAAACAUGGAACACACAUUUAAUCAUGCAAACAUAAAAUGUCUAAAAGAUGGUGUAGAGGUCACUAUCCCAGAAUAGAGUAGAAUAAGUGUGUUCAAAGUUUAAUUU